AUGGACGCCCGCCCGCUGCUUCGAGGGGUCUUCCUCUUGCUGCUGCUGCCCGCACCGGUGCCCGCGCCCUGCUUCACCGCCACGCGCUCCGAGUGCAGUAAACACAAGGCCUUCGUGCCCGGCACGGAGCUGGCUGGGGAGGGCAUAGACGUGACGAGCCUCAAGCGCUCCGGUUCCUUCCCCGUGGACACACGGCCCUACCUGCGGCCCGAUGGCACCUGCACGCUGUGCCGCAACGCGCUCCAGAAAGGUGCCCCGCAGCGCCUGCCUCUGGCACUCACUUACUGGCGCGCGCACGCCCAGGGCUGCCAACACAAGGUGGCACAAGUCAAGCUCAGCUCCACUGAGGAUGUGGCCCACGACACCGCCAGCACCAUCAAAAACAACUGGAAGGUUGGGCUCGAGGUAAGCCCCCGGCCUGGCAUGAAAGCAAGCGUGACCAUGGCUGGCUCCCAUGCCCAGGCCACCAACUUCGCAGCCUCCAAAGCCCAUCAGGACCGGUAUCAGUUCAGCCGCGACGAGGUGCAGUGUAGCUUCUAUCAUUUUCGCCUGGUGCACGCCCCUCCGCUUCACCCAGAGUUCAAGAAGGCCCUCAGGAUGCUGCCGCCCUACUUCAACAGCUCUAGUGAGCCUGACUACCUGCGGUUUAUCUCCAGCUUCGGGACUCACUUCAUCCAGUCCAUGGAGUUGGGCGGCCGAAUCUUGGCCCUCACGGCACUGCGCACCUGUCAGCUGGCCCUGAGUGGGCUCCUGGCUAAUGAGGUGGAGGACUGCCUGCAGGUGGAAGCUGAGGCGAGCAUCGGCAUCCCAGUCAGUGCCAUCGCAGGCUACAAGAAAUGUGAGGAGACGAAAAAGCAGCACAAGAUCACUAACGCCUUCCACCAGACCUACCGGGAACGGUACACCGAAGUGUCAGGCGGUAACCACAGCACCUGGCAUGACCUGCUGUUUGGGAAGGAGGCUGGAGCCAACCACUUCUCGGCCUGGAUGAGCUCCUUGACACACAGCCCUGACCUGCUCGACUACAGCCUGGAACCCCUGCACAUGCUUCUGAGAAGCCAGGACCCCAGGCAGAAUGCGCUAAAGGCAGCUGUGAGCAAGUACAUCCUGGACAAGGCUCGCUGGCGGGACUGCAGCCGGCACUGCCCCAACGGCCAGCAUAAGAGCUCCAAGGACCCUUGCCAGUGCACAUGCCAAGCCUCCUCAGCAUACAACCGGGACUGCUGCCCCCGCAAGGCAGGUAUGGCCAAUCUGGAGGUAAUGAACUUACGAGCACACGGUUUGUAUGGAGACUGGAUCACCGCCACUGACGCCUACCUGAAGGUCUUCUUCGGAGGCCAGGAGCAGAGGACAGCGACGAUAUGGAACAAUAACAAUCCCCAAUGGGCUGGGAAGUUGCACUUCAAUAAUGUGCUGCUGGCCACAGGGGGCCCCCUGCGGGUCCAGGUGUGGGAUGCCGACUAUGGCUGGGAUGAUGACCUUCUGGGGACCUGUGACUACCAGGCAAAGUCCGGCAAGCACGACGUGUCCUGCCACCUCUCCCAUGGCUCCUUGCACUUCUCCUACAAUGCCACGUGCUUGUCCCAUCUCUCAGGGGAUACCUGCAUGGAUUAUAGCCCCCAUGGGCUAUUGGGGGAGCCUCCAGGAAACCGGAGUGGGGCGGUGUGGUGA